UCCUUUGAUAAGAUUAAAAUAUGUACCAAAAUCUGGAGGAGCAAUUAAAGCUGAAGAGCUCAAGCAUCAUAAAGAAACGCAAUUUUGAUCGCAUAAGAAUUGGAGCAGGUAUUUUGGAUACUCUUGUUAAAAAAAUAGUGUUCGACGAUAAACAACAAUGGCGGAAAAUUGAACAUUUAUAUACUCAAAGAUUUUAUAGAUUUCCGGCUUAUAACUUGGCGAUUGUGAAAGUUAACAAUGAUUGGGUCUUUAACGAAUUUGUUAACAAAAUUCCUUAUACAAAGUGGAACCAAGACUUUGAUGGUGUUUGUGUCGGAACUGGAGUAAGGACAAUAAAGAGUUGGUCGAAGAACAAACAUCUCUUUGCGGUGAAUUUUCAUUUGGUCGCCAGAAGAACUUGCGAGCAAAAUUUACUUAGAAGUUGCUUGUUAUAUUAUUGUACAGAAUAUGAUAUAAAAAAGUUAUCUUCCACUAACAGGAUUGCUGUCGUCAAAUCUUAG